AUGGCCUUAACAAAUUUGACAGAAGAUGAAAACCAAAAGACAGGUUUAGAAGAGUACUGUUCGUUUGAAUUUUCCGUGGAAGUACGCAGCCUGUUGAUCUCUCUCUCAGUGGUAAUGAUUAUCCUGUCGAUUGCUGCAUUUCUGGCGAACACCCUGAUCCUAGUUGCUCUGCACAAAGAAUCCUCACUUCUGAGUCCUCCUUUUGCUUCCAGAGUCCUGUAUCGUAACCUAGCGAUAACUGAUCUCUGUGUUGGUGUCAUCGCGGAGCCUAUGUAUAUUGCCUAUUUGAUGUUUGUAGUGAACAAAAGUUAUAAGAACUGUCAUUACACACGAGUGACAUGUUAUUUCAUCACUAGUACACUUAGUGCAUUGACUUUCUACACGUUGACUGCGAUAAGCGUGGACAGACUUCUCGUUCUUUCGCUGGGGCUCAGAUACAGACAAGUCGCAAGUUCUAAAAGAAAAGUUGUAACCGUAAUUUGUUUAUGGAUUUUUUCCAUUGUCCGCGCAUCUCCGUAUUCGUGGAAUCCUAGCAUAGCGCGACAGCUGGACAGAAUACUCUCAACUCUUUGUAUAACCACCACAAUUUUCUGUUACACAAAAAUUUUCUUCUCUCUUCGUCGUAACCAAAUUCAAGUUCAUACCGACGCCUCUCAAGGACAACCAGGCCAAACAGUCUCACUAAACAAAGCUAGAUACAGAAAAGCAGUUUACAGUGCACUGUGGGUGCAGGUAACGAUCGUUGUUUGUUAUGUGCCAGUGAGCAUAGUAGUGGCUAUGACACCUGAAAAAGGACCAGUGCCUAUAUCACUUUAUCUUGCUAGGCAAUUAACUGUUACUUUAGUUUAUUUGAACUCGUCAUUAAACCCGCUGCUUUAUAGCUGGAAGAUCAGGGAAGUAAGGCAAGCUAUGAAAGUUACUAUCAGGCAACUGCUUUGUUUGGCGAGUUAG